GCCCCCACUCCUCCAUGGACUCAGGCCGAUGGCAGCAUGUGCCAGGAUGAAGACCUGUUUCCUGUCACCUGGGACAUCCCAGCAGGAGAGUCCCUGGACCAAGACUGAAGACUGGAGUCUGGUCCUCUCAGGUGGACAUCCUGGCUGCGAGGCACAAAGUUUUCGCUUCCCCUCGAAGCGCACGUUGCUGGGAGAGCGAGCCGGGAGCAGGACGGGAUGGGCAGCAGCGACCAGUACUUGCCGGAGCUGCUGGCGGAGAAAAGCACGCUGCAGCCGGCUUUCCGGCACUCCAUGCGGCUUCUGGAGCAAGAGAUUGAAAAGGUGGAGAAGGACGAGGGCAAAGAGGACGAGAAGUUCAUCGACGUGGUCGUCAACAAGAACAUGAAACUGGGACAGAAAGUUCUCAUACCGGUCAAGCAGUUCCCCAAAUUUAACUUUGUGGGCAAACUUCUGGGACCACGUGGGAACUCGCUAAAGAGGCUGCAGGAGGACACGCUCACAAAGAUGUCCAUUCUAGGCAAAGGCUCCAUGAGAGACAAAGAAAAGGAAGAGGAACUGCGGCAGGGCGGCGAGGCCAAGUACCAUCACCUGAACGAGGACCUGCACGUCCUCAUCGAGGUGUUCGCGCCGCCGGCCGAGGCCUACGCCAGGAUGGGCCACGCUUUGGAGGAGAUCAAGAAGUUCCUCAUACCGGAUUACAACGAUGAGAUCAGGCAGGCGCAGCUGCAGGAGCUGACGUACCUGAACGGAGGCUCGGAGGACGCCAAGGUGCCGUCGGCGAGAGGAAAGUCGGCCCCCCGUGCAAGAGGGACCCCGGUCCCGGGACCCCCCAGGACCAGAGGAGGCGUGCCCCCCCUGCACGCCCCCGUGCCCAGAGGAGCGGCCCCCAGAGCCCCGCCCAGCCGCACGCCGUCUGCCAGGGGGAGGGGGGUGCAGAGGGCCAGAGGAGCCCCCCCCACCGCUGCCUACCGAACACCUCCUCCCAUAGUCCAGGACACCUAUGAUGACUAUGACUACGAUGACGGUUAUGGAACAGCCUAUGACGACCAGGGCUACGAGUCCUACGACAACAACUACACUCAUCAAGGACAGAACUCGGACGACUAUUAUGAAUACGGACACAGCGCAGAGUCGUACGAGUCGUAUGGUGGAGAGGACUGGUCCAAGGGUCGUGGAGAGGACUGGUCCAAGGGUCGUGGGAAGGCUGUGUCAGCGAGGACGAGCAAAGGAGCGUUCAGAGAGCAGCCGUACUCCCGCUACUGAUCACUGGCCAAGUAAUGCACUUUUCUAUGCAGCUUUUUGGAUCUCCAAGCUGCUAAAUCGUCAUAGAAGGACUUGGAAUGUUGACAUGAAAGUGCAUCGCCACAACAACAACUUGCUCUUUUACCAGAAUAAAGUUGGAAUUUGACACUAAAGUUGGAAUCCAAAAAGUUGCAUCGCUUUAACGACCACAAGAUUAUUUUUUCCUCCUUAACCGCGCUGAAAUAUUCAUUAGAAUGACCAUUAAUUACAAUGACCAUUAAUUACAAUGACCAUUAAUUACAAUGACCAUUAAUUAUGACCAUUUCUUUUCACAUAGCAUCUUUUCCUCUCACCACCUUUUUUCUCAUUCUCUUUGGGAGGAUUUUAAGCAUAAAAUUCCAACUUUUUCCCCAUUGAACUGCAACUUUAAACUAAAACUUAGACUUUUUUCUCCAAAAAUGUAAACAUUCUCUUCAAAUGAUGUAAAGAGUACUUGGUACAUUUUUACUUAUUCUCGUUACAAAUUUCUGACAUAAUUUACACUAAAACAAGGACAAUUCUAUUAUUAAAUGUUGAUUAUUUCAAUAUCACUACUUAAUAUUUUUGAGUUUUUUAUUCUUCACUUUCAUAAAGUCACUUUAUUCUGCUAUCAUUAGGACGUGUUUGCCAAUUACCAACAUUUACUUGGGUCAAAGUCAAAAUGAUACAUUUUUCUCUUUAAGUAAAAAAUAUAUGUAUUUUUUUCACUUAAAAUUCUGACUAUUAUAUUAACCAUCUUUUUUUUUUCCUAAUGAAAUUUCAACUUAAUUUUCUUUUUAUCGUAAAAUUCCGACUUUUACAACUUUUUCCCCAUUGAACCUCAACUUUACUCUCAGCAUACAAUUGUGACUUUUUUCUCGUAAAAUGUAAAGAUUUUUCGAGUACAAAAGCUUCUCUUAAGAUGAUGUCAAUAGUACGUGAUACAUUUUUACUUAUUCUCAUUAUGUUACAUUUUUGCCAUUUCUGAAAUUAUUCACACUAAAACAAUUCUUGUACUUUUUUAUUAAAUGUUGAUUAUUUUAAUAUCAGUACUUAAUAAUUUUUGGACUUUUUUAUUCUUCCCUUUCAUAAAGUCACUUUAUUCUGCUAUCAUUAGGACUUUUUUGUCAAUUAACAACAUUUAUUUGGGUCAAAAUUAUACAUUUUUCUUUUUAAGUUAAAAAUGUAUGUAUUUUUUUCACUUAAAAUUCCAACUAUAAUAUUAACCAUCUUUUUUUUCCUAAUGAAAUUUCAACUUAAUUCUCAUAGUGCGGAUUUUUACCGUAAACUGCAACUGCAACUUGACUCUAAGAAUACACUCGCACUAAAACGGUUGAGACUUUUUUCUCCAAAAAUUAAAAAAUGUUUCCUCUCUUAAAAUGAUGUCAAUAGUACUUGAUACAUUUUUACUUAUUCUUGUUAGAAAUUUCUGAAAUAAUUUACACUAAAACAAGGACAAUUCUUGUACGACUUUUUUUUAUUAGAUUUUGAUUAAUUUAAUAUCACUUCUUCAUUUUUUUCCCUCUUAUUUUUUACUUUCAUAAAGUCACUUUUUUCUGGUAUCAUUAGGACUUUUUUGUCAAUUACCAAAAUCAUAUACUUGGGUAAAAGUCAAAAUGAUACAUUUUUAAAUUAAGUUAAAAAUAUAUGUAUUUUUUUCACUUAAAGUUACGAAAUUACAACUUAAUUCUCAUAGUGUGGAUUUUUAUCGUAAAAAAUUUUCACCACAAAUUAAAAUAUUGAUGCAUUUUUACUCAUUCAUUUUCUCCCAAAUUACUGACUUUAUUUACACGAAAAAAAGGACAAUUUUUGUAAAACGUUUUUUUUAUAAAAUGUUAAUUUUUCUUUCACUACUUGAUUUAUUUAUUUACUUCUGGGAAAAUGUUUUCCCUCUCAUAAAGUCACUUUAUUCCGGUAUCAUUAGGACUUUACUUUGUACAUUUUCAAUAGUAUUUAUUUUUGUAAAAGUCAAAAUGAAAAAUGUUUCUCUUGAACUUAAAAUUUUUAAAACAUUUUUUUUUCAUGGUAAAAUUCCGACAAUAAUAUUAUAACCUUUUUUUCCUAAUGAAAUGAUAACUUUAUUCUCGUAGUGUAAAUGUUCUGUUAAAAUCACACUAGCCAAACAUUUUACUCCGAGAUUAUAACUUACUCCAAAAAAAUAACUUGGAUAAUGUUUGGAAUAUGAUUUGACCUCUGAAAUCUGAAAUAUCGAUACCACAUCUUUAUGCUCUGAUAUCCAUUCUCAAAUCAAAAUAUGGAUACUUUUGAUACUUUACUUCAGGGGUGUCCAUACUUUUUCCACCAAGGGCCACAUAGUAAAAAGUCAAAGUACGCAGGUCCCCCUUUAUUGAUAUUUUGUUUAUUUUUAAAAAAAUGCUAAAAACAGAUAUUGUCAGCUUUGUUUUAUUUUUCAGCUUUUUCUCAUCACAUUCCCAUUAUUUUGAUAUUUUUGCUACACUUCUACUGUUGUUUUUUCCCCAUGUAAAAAAGAAUAAUAAUGUGUAACUGCAUAACUUAGUAGCCAAAAGUUCUGCCUGAACAAAAAUAUUCAUUACAUAUUUAACAGUGUUUAUUAUGGUUGUUUAAUUUGUCAAAUUCACAAGUUAGUAUUUAAUUUUUUUAAUGAACUAACUAAACAUUGUUUACAUGUUAAGUAUAUUUUUAGAAAUAAAAACUUUUUUUUUAACUUUCAGUAGACACUUUAGGUAUAUUGGGACAAAGUAUUUGGUAUCAGAUUGGUAUCACCGAUACCAGCCUGAACUGUACUCGGUAUCCGAUCGAAAAGAAAACGAUUAUGGUAAAUUAAUAUCGCAUCAAACCAACCAACUUAUUUUACGCCUAAAAUUCCAACUUUAUCCUGAAAAUAUCAGGACUGUUUCUGGUAAAAAAAAAUGCCAUUAUGGUACCUGAUAAAAUGAUUCUGCUAAUCUGAUAUUCCUUCCACUGCUCGCCCUUCUUCCUGAUAAUAAAACCCCAGGUAAAAUCAUCAUAAAUGAUAUGACUUCUUCUCCUGUUAGACUAUGUUGACGCCAAGGAAGAAUAUUUCCACGGCGAGUUAUCAAUACAAUGCCAGUACAGCUUCAUGUAUCCCCCCCCCUCCCCAAUAUCUCACUAAAGAUGUAAUAAUGGCUUAGUUCUAGGAUGUAGAUAUUUAUUUUAUUUAUUUGAAAGGAGUCACGGGUGUAAAAUGUGUCCCUUGUAAAGUAAAAAGUGUAUAAAUAUUGUAUUUCUGUCUCCUCCUUUCUUUUGUAUUGGUGUUAAAGGGCUUAUGGAAGCAUGGCGUGCAUUGUUGUUGUUGUUGUUGUUGUUUUAUUCGCUAAUUAUUGUGCUGCUAAAACAUCUCCUUUAAUAUAUUUAUAAAUAGGAACUGAAAAUGAAAAAAAUGGGCGUUUUUGUGAUUUUUUUUUUCUUUUUUUCACGGUUUAAUAAUUCCUUUUUGACAUUUUCGCCUCGACUUUUUGUCAAAGCUAAAUGUGCUCAGAUGCUUGUGAAUACGCUGGACUUGUUCAGGUUACUUUCAGCUUAUAUAAGCCCUUUAAUAUUCCCCUCUUGUCCAUGCUGAAUAAACAUUUUGA